AUGGCUAGCGAUGAGAGAUCGAAGCCUUUGCCACGUAUAAGGAGGCUUGACGAGAACGUGGUGAAUCGAAUUGCAGCUGGCGAGAUCAUACAAAGACCAGCAAACGCCAUCAAAGAAUUACUCGAAAACUCAUUGGACGCUGGCUCAUCAUCCAUUACGAUCACCAUCAAAGAAGGUGGUCUGAAAUUACUCCAAAUACAAGAUAACGGACAUGGAAUCUCGGUGGAAGAUAUGCCGAUUGUUUGUGAACGCUUCACGACUUCCAAACUACGCCAGUUUAAAGAUCUAGAGUCUAUUGCUACGUAUGGAUUUCGUGGCGAAGCUUUGGCUAGUAUUAGUCAUGUUGCACAUGUUAUUAUUACAACGAGGACUAGUGCUUCGCCUUGUGCUUAUCGGGCAAGCUUCGCUGAUGGAAAGCUAGUUGCUUCCAAGCCUGGUGCAUCUGUUGAUCCGAAGCCCGUUGCUGGAAAUGUUGAAGAUCUCUUCUUUAAUAUGGACGUCCGCCGUAAAGCAGUCAAGAACACGACUGAAGAAUACAAUCGGAUCGUGGACGUCGUACAACGAUAUGCUAUACAUAAUAGUGGAGUGAGCUUUACGUGCAAGAAGCAUGGAUCAAAUACAGCCGAUGUACAUACAGCUUCAGGUGCCUCCACCAUAGACAAUAUACGAUACAUGUAUGGGGCUCAACUCGCUAAAGAAUUGUUGGAUUUCAAACAUGAAUCAGAAAUAUUGGAAUUCACUGCUGAAGGAUAUGUAUCGAACGCCAAUUUCAAUCAAAAGAAGAUGGUGUUUUUGCUCUUUAUCAAUCACCGACUCGUGGAAUCAUCCAACAUUCGCAAAGCUCUUGAAUCACUUUAUGGCAAGUACCUGCCAAAGGGACAACAUCCAUUCGUGUAUAUGAGUUUGACUGUCAAGCCUCAGAAUGUGGAUGUGAAUGUUCAUCCUACCAAGCGUGAGGUUCACAUUUUAAGAGAAGACAAGAUUGUCGAGACUCUUUGUCAAGUGAUAGAAGAACGUCUUGCUUCUGCUAGUUCAUCAAGAACAUAUCAUACUCAGACCCUUUUACCUGUUCCUGCCAAAAAGACGAAGCAACCUGACGAGCCUGAGCCAAAAAAAGCUGCAUUCAAAACUCCAGCAAACAAGAUGGUUCGCACAGACAGCAAAACGAGAACAUUGGAUGCUUACCUGAGUGCUGCCAAAGAUUCUCCAAAUACUACAACCAACAACAUCAAGAAGAGGACAAGAGACGACGAUUUUGAGAAUGAAGAAAGUAGGAAUAGCAGAGAGAGUACACUUGAGGAUGGUCGUAUGGAAACUGAUGAUGACUUUCAGGCUCCUGAGGACAAAGCUCCAAGUGUCAAGACUAAACGACCGUAUACUGAGGUUCGACUGACAAGUAUAUUGUCGUUACGAGAGGAAGUAAAGAAGACGUCUCAUCAAGGUCUGACUGACCUCUUUCGUAAUUACACAUACGUUGGUCGUGUUGAUGAAGCCAGAGCUCUUUUUCAACAUCAAACGGCUUUAUUCAUGGUCAACUUUCAAGAAGCUAGCUGUGAAUUAUUCUAUCAAUUGGUCUUGAGAGUCUUUUCCAAUUUCGGAUUUAUGCACUUGGCAACUCGACUGUCUAUACAUGACAUGGUCAUGAUUGGACUUGAUGAGGAAGAGCGGAUUGGUCAAUUCUUGGAAGAGAAUGAUAUCACAAAGGACGAAAUAGCAAAUAAAAUCGUGGAGACUCUAGUAGAUCGUCGUCAAAUGCUGCUUGAAUAUUUUUCAAUCAAGAUAUCAGAGGAUGGUGAAUUGCUUGCUUUGCCGGCCAUUCUGAAAGGCUAUACACCGAAUCUGGACAAGCUGCCGUUAUUCUUUGUCAGGUGCCAAAGUGAGGUGAAUUGGACUUCUGAAAAAGAAUGCUUUCAAUCCAUAGCUCGAGAAUUGUCAUUGUUAUAUGCUGUUGAAGCUGUAGCAAAGCCACGAUCUAACAAUAGCACGCAAAAUAAUAAGACUCAAGGAAACAGCAGAAAUGACGACCACGACGUGAAUAUGGAUUCUGCAGCAGAUGAUGUAGAAUCGGUGAAGGAAACGGAAGAAAGCAAUGCAGAACGAGACUCACAUCAAUGGAUGAUUGAACAUGUUUUAUUCCCAGCCUUCCGUAAUUACUUUCAAGCACCCAAGUCGUUUGUCGAUAAUGGAGUGAUUGUGAGGUUGGCUACAUUACCUGAUCUGUAUCGAGUCUUUGAGAGGUGCUAA